AUGUACCAGCAGUACCUUUCUCAAGAAGCAAUCACGCGAGUCCCCCUCGAAGAGAGUAUCAUUUCGAAGUUUCUGUCACGAAUAGAAAGCGAGGAGCCAUGUGAUUAUUGGUUUGAGCAGGUACAAGAAAAGGUGGGUUGCCAGAUUCAGUCCUCAAUAUCGUUUCGACUGCCGUCACCACCAUAG